AUGAACCAACGUCGUGCCGGUGCGCCCAUAUGUGCCCUCCUGCUGCUGGCAAUCGCUCUCCCGGCCGGUACGGUGGCCUGCAGCAUGAUGAACAACGACAGCGCCGAGCAGCGGGGCGCCCUGCUGGCGGAUCCGGCCACCGCCAAAAAGAUGCCCGACAUUUCCAUGCAGGACGCGGUGGCCGAGUGUAACCGAAGCUUCGUCAUACAGCCGGACUACCUGAGCGAGCUCAACGAAACCGGAAGCUUCCCGGACGAAACCGACCGCAUACCGCUGUGCUUCAUGCGGUGCUAUCUUCAGACGCUCGGCAUUCUGACCGAGGACGAGAAGGUCAACAAGGAGACGGCAAUGAAGCUGAAAUGGGCCAGUUCCGGGGAAACCAUCGAUGAAUGUUUGGAGGAGAUGACUGGCUCCCCGUGCGAUAAGGCGUACUAUUUGACCCGCUGUGUGAUGACCAGGGCCCUGGUGGACGGCAAGAGCAAGGACAACAAGCGGAAGUAG